AUGGCGACACGUCCGACAGUCACCAUUGCCUCGCAUGAUGGCACCCCCAGUGGAUCUACUCACCCGCUGCCCGCCGUGUUCAAAGCACCAAUUCGACCAGACAUCGUUCAGACAGUACACGCUGGCAUGGCUAAGAACAAGAGACAGCCAUAUGCAGUGAGCGAGAAGGCUGGACAUCAGACUUCGGCUGAAUCGUGGGGAACUGGUCGCGCUGUUGCCCGUAUUCCCCGUGUUUCAGGAGGAGGUACACACCGUGCCGGUCAAGCUGCGUUUGGAAACAUGUGCCGCUCGGGUCGUAUGUUCGCGCCAACCAAGGUCUGGAGAAAGUGGCAUCAAAAGAUCAACCUGGGACAAAAGCGCUUCGCCACCACCUCUGCUUUGGCUGCGUCCUCCGUCCCCUCUCUCCUCCUUGCACGCGGUCACCAAAUCUCUACCGUACCAGAAGUGCCCCUGGUUAUCGCCUCGAAAGCUUUCGAAGGAGCUGCUAUUGCCAAGACAUCAGCAGCGCUUAAACUCCUGACAGCUGUCGGUGCAGGACCAGACGUCAGCAAAGUCCGUGCAUCUCGCAAACUCCGUGCCGGGAAAGGAAAGCUUCGGGGUCGUCGUCACCGCCAGCGUCGUGGUCCGCUGAUUGUCUACCACCCGGAUGAGGAUGGCAAGGAGCUCGUCCGUGCUUUCCGCAACAUCCCAGGUGUCGAGACGUCAUCGGUCUUCGCCCUCAACCUUCUGCAACUUGCCCCCGGUGGUCACCUCGGACGCUUCAUCGUCUGGACCUCUUCUGCUUUUGCGGCCUUGGAUGAAAUCUAUGGUUCUACGACUACCCCAUCCGCGCUGAAGAAGGACUUUUUGCUUCCCUCAAACGUCGUCCACAACGCCGAUAUCAGCCGCCUGAUCAACUCGUCGGAAGUACAGGCCGUUGUGCGCCCAGCUAAGGGAGAGGCCAAGACAAAGCGUGUCGGCGUACAGAAGAAGAACCCUCUGAAGAACAAGCAAGUGUUGUUGCGAUUGAACCCAUAUGCCAAAGCCUUCAGUGAGGAGAAGCUGGGAUCGAAGAAGCUUGAGGACGGCAAACCGGAGAGAGCAGCCGAGUCAUUUGCAAAGGUCCUGCAUGAGGAUUGA